UUUCAUCUGUGAGUGGUCCCCACUUAAGUCGAGUGCGGUAGAAGGGGAAAGUAUAAGGACAGAUUCUGUGAGCCAUAGCGGUGAGUCACGCGUUUGAGAAGUGUCAAGCAGCUAAACGAGUUUGUACUUUUGUACAAAAAGAAACAAUAUAAUAAUAUCAGAACCAAAAGAAACUAUCUAGAAAUGAACGACACAGAGACAAACGAUCGCCCGAAAUGGUUGUUAGAACUAGAAAAUAGAAAGAGAAAGUUAUUUUGUUUAGCCUCGAUUGGCACAUGAAGCUGGAGCAGGAGCACCUUGUGUUAUUUGUAAAGCAACAUGCCCAGGCUUAGACCUGCACUUUUGGAGAAAGACUUGUAAAAAUUGUAAAUGCAGUAAGGAUGAUCAUGAUGUUAACGAUGAAGAUUUUCCACAAUUUGAUUUAUUAUUUGGAUCCUCCAGAAAAUAUAAGAAAAAGCCCACAUUGUUACACAUACACAAUGAAAAAGAAUAUGCAGAAGAAGCAUUUGAGUGGAUACCACCAGAUACAACAAAAGAACUUGCUAUAGAUUAUAUGAAAGCCUUUCCCAUUGAAAAAUUGCCCAUUAAAGGAUCGACUGGUGCAGCUCUGAGAAGACAGUUAUUACAAAAGCAGUUGCCACUUCAUGAUAUAGAUCACAAAGUUUGUGAUAAAUUGAGCGAACAGGAAAAGAAAGAGUUUGAGAAAUAUUUAGAUAGUAUAAAAAAAUAUGUAGGUCAAGGAACAGUGACAAAGAUACUUGGUGCUCGCCCAUUUGAACGAUCAUUAAUGACACCCGCUAAUGCAACAGACAUGCAACGCUUCAGUCCACAACAUAAAGCUACUGUACAAUCGAGUAUGGUUCAAUUACGUACACCAAGUAGUUUUACUCUAAAAAAUUCAUAUAAAAAAGACUUUCACGAGAUGUUGAACAAACACGAUACAUCUGCUAAUUUAGAAGCAUUAACUGAUAUUAAUAAUACUGACAAAAUAGCAGUUCUCGAAAAGUAUAACAUAAACAGUAACAAUAGUACGAUUGUAAAAUCGGAACCAGUUAAGACUGGGCUUUAUAAUAAGGGUAUUAAUUCGAUUAAUUAUUCAAGAGCCGAUGACAAUCGUCAAGAUUUUAUAAACAAAGACAUUCCAAGUACUGAGCAUUUAAAGUUUUCGAAUUCCUUAUCAAUUGCAAAUGUUGAUUCGGAAGUUACACUGUUUCCAAAUCCUUCGGAAUAUUGCAAAGAAGCAUAUAGAGAUGCAUUAAAAAAUCCAUCCUCUCCUCUUCUACACUCAAAACCAGUUAACAAUGAUACCUCUAUCGCGGAAAGUAUAUUAGCAGAUGCAUUUCUUCCUCCUAGCACAGUACACGCAAAUGACAUAAUUGGUAGUACAUUGGAUUCGAAGGGUCUAAUGUUUAUACGAGAAAAACUUACAAAUAAAUAUAGCAACCAAGAAAAUCAGUUAUCACAUAAUGUUCCCAGUUUUGCCAAAAAUUUAGAUUCUGUUGAUUUAUUGUUAAAAAAUAAUAACAGUGGAUUGCAAAAUGUAAGCAUUGAUAAAGGAACUGACAAAACAACUAUUACUGCUACUAUGAAGAAUCCUUCUGGAAUAUCGACUCUAUCAGAAGAUAGAAUUAAAAAAAUAGAAAGGAAUACUGUCGAACCUAAGUUAAUAAAGGCAGAGAAAGAAGUAAUAAAGCCUAAUUCACAAGUAGUUCAAUCAAUUCCUCUUGAUUCCACGUUAAUUGUUACUACAAAUGAGAAAGACAAAGUACAACAGAAUACAUCGCUAAUCCCUUCAAAAUUAAACGGAAGAUCAUGUUUAUUACCACAAACGAGUCUAGAAGUUUCUAAUGCUGGUAAUCAUCAAGAAAAACUAAGUAAUCUUACGGCACCUUCCACUAUUAUUUAUUCUGAAAAAUUGCAAAAUCAAAUAUUCCCUUACGAAAUUGUUGGUGGAGCGAGCCAUGUACAAAAUUUACCGCAUAUAGAACAAUUAAACGGUGGCAUGGAAGAACUAACAAUGGAUGCUAUUAAACCACAAAAGUGCCAUAAAUGCGAAGAAGUAAUACGCGUUGGUGAUGUUGCCGUAAUUACAGAAAAAGCUAAACAUGCAAUGUGGCAUCCUGGUUGCUUUGUUUGCAGUAUAUGCAACGAAUUAUUAGCAGAUUUAGUAUACUUUUAUUAUAAAAACAAAUUAUAUUGUGGCCGAGAUUUAUCAACAUUCCUAGGAAUUCCUAGAUGUUUUGCUUGUGACGAGCUUAUUUUUGUUAGAGAGUAUACUGUCGCAGAAGGGCAUAACUAUCACAUAAAACACUUUUGUUGUUGGGAUUGCGACAUUCCUCUAGCUGGAAAAAAAUAUAUUACAGAGAAUGAUCGCCCCUUAUGUCUUCCUUGUUAUCAAAAAUCGUAUGCAAAAACGUGUAACGCGUGCGAAAAAGUAAUCGCUGCCGAUCAACAAGGUGUUCCAGUAAAAGAUUUACAUUUUCACGCAACAGAAUCUUGUUUUUGUUGUUUUAUUUGUAAGAGAAAUUUAUUAAACGGCAGAAUAGCAGUUAAGGAGAAAAAGAUAUUCUGCAGUAAAGAAUGCAUUUCAAAAUUCCAACAUAUGCAAAUUUAAUAUUAGGUUAUGAUGUAAUUGUAUCGUCAUAUCUUUAUAUUUAUUCCAUUUUUUUUUCACUUCUAUAUUUUGUUAUGAAACAGUGUAUUAUGUAGGUUCACAGUAGUGGGAAAUUCAUGUCGAUAAAAAAACAAAGACUUUACACAAUUUUGUGUAAAGAAAUAUAUUUUCUACCUAAUGUUUAAGCAUCUCCUUAACAAAUAUCAAUAUUAAUCUUCACGUUUAGAACAUUGUCAUCAUUUAUAAAUAUAUUGAUUAAAAAAUAAUAAGGUGUACAAAUUUUAUUUCAUUAAAUAUAAUCAUAUUAGAAUGUUCUAUUACUAAAUAUUUAUAGUAUUUAUGUAAAAACUUGCUACAAUAUAUGUAAUUUAAAUUGCUCUCAGAAAACGUAAUACAGUCAUAUUAUAUAAAAUACUUUCAAAAUUUAUAGAAGUUAAUUAUAGUCAUCUUCCUCCGUUGGUUCAGCAAAUUAUAUGUAAUAAUUAUUUUUAACCUUACUUUAGAAUUAGAAAUAAAUGGUCCAACAUUCCGAUCACACAAAAUUAAAACAAUUUUGAAAAUAGAAAAUAUCAUAUUUCAAAACAUAAACAAUUCGCAAUUAACGACCUGUAAAUAAUAUACUUAUUACAAACAAAUUUUGCAUAAGCCAAAAACAACACAGAUCAAAAAACCGUUACUUUGAUUAUACUUCGAAUUAAUACGUAAAUAUAUUAAAAAUACAUAAACUGAUUUUUACCAUUGAACACUUUCAUUACACGGUAAGUUAUUCGUAAGUUGAAAAAUAAAUUUAAGUAAAUUUGACUUAUGUUAUACAUAUUUCAAAAUAUAGCUACACGAGAUAUCUUUUAAUAUAAUACCUUAUUUCCACCU